GUCAAGAUCGGUGUAAGAUACUGCUUAGUUGAACCACAGCCGAAAAUAAAACUUAAAAACAAAACUAUAACCAAAUGGAGUAUGUUUUCAGCACUGGGUGACAUUCUGCGCCGUGUACAAACAGUCACACCCCUGCUGGUUCAGUUUUUGAUGGUGUGCAGCCGGUAGUUUCGGCUAACUUUUAGCCGAGUUUGCUAACUUAACGCAAAAGUAUUAUCCACUUUAUAGAAAUGGACUGCGUCGUGACGGGAGGAAACGUGAAAGUGCUCGCCAAAGCCAUCCACUCCCUGUCGAGGAUCGGUGAUGAGCUGUAUGUGGAGCCUCAGGAAGAUGGGCUGGCCCUGCGGUCUGUGAACUCCUCUCGGUCGGCAUAUGCUUGCUUCCUGUUCGCACCACUCUUCUUCAGCAGGUACACCAUCCCCAGUGGGCAUGCCUUCCGUUGCAAGAUGGCAAUAAAGAGUGUGCAGGCAGUGUUCAGGUCUCUGGCGUCUCUGGAGAAGACAGUGGAAAAGUGUCACAUCGAGUUGGACAAGCAGAAGGACCGCCUCACCUUCACCUUGCACUGCAAACACGGCCUGCUGAAGACGCAUAACCUGUCUUUCCAGGACAGUGAAAGCUUACAGGCAGUGUUUGAUAAGGACAGCUGUGCCAAUGUAUUCAGGGCCCAGCCCAGGCUGCUGGUGGACACAGUCGUGCACUUCCCUCCCUCUCUGGAAGAAGUCACUGUGGCAGUGAGUGAUGAACGGAUGUGGGUCAGGAACCAUGUAGAUGAAGAUACAGAGCAAUCCAAGGCCAUGCUGACAGAGUUGUGUCUGGCUUCAGACGAGUUUGACCAUUUCGCUGUCCAAGCUCACAACAGCGUCACGUUUUGUCUGAAGGAGUUACGGGGUUUGUUAGUGUUUGCAGAGUCCACUGGUCUCCCUAUUUCUAUGUACUUUGAUGAGCCAGGAAGUCCUGUGGUACUUUCAGUAACAGACAGUGUCCUGGAGGGGAACUUUGUGUUGGCUACGCUUUCUGACGAUCCCAACCACCGUAAAAACAACACACGACGAGCACACUCACCACCACCUCCCCCUCCCGAUGACUUCAUGAGUGAUGACAUUGACUCCUACCUCAUCGCAAUGGAUACCAGUAUUGCACCAGGUCCCUCGGCUACAGGUCCACCCACACCCCCAUUAGCUGAAUCCACAUACUCAGAACAGCCUGCUGCAGCCAAUCACAGGACAAGGAUACACAGUGAGGAGGAGGAAGAGGAGGAGACAGCUGAUUCAGACAGACCACCUAAUAAGAAGUUCUGUUCCUUGUUCUUUGGAUCUGUGCUUCCCCCGUCUUCUCAGAUGAGUACUCAACCAGUGACAAGUCAAGAAGUGCUGGCCAGUGACAGUGAGGAUGACACUUAAAAUAGGGUGACUAUGGACUGAUGGGAUGUGGACCGAGAAAGAUGGACUGACCUGAAAGUGGGCUCAUGUGUGUCCACUUUUAUUACUGUAUCCCCAUUCCUCCCGGACUAUUUGAAAAUGCAGAAAUGGACAUGUUGGACUUUUAUUUUCAAUUUCACUGUUUUGUUGUUUUUUCUUUUACCAUCAGUAUAGAACCACAUUUAUUGGAUUAUAAUGUUAAUGGUUGAAAUCUGGGAUUAUGUGAAAAUACACUUGAAGCACUUGCUGUUUUUUUUUUGUUUUUUUUUUUGAGUGUUCAGUUUGUGAUCAAGGUGCAGCAGCAAAAAAGU